AUGCCACAACAACAGACACCAUCCCUCCAACCUCCGACUCCAGGGGUGAGGACCAGGACUAGACCUGCCCUCACUGCGACCGCAACUUCACCUCACGCAUCAUCCUGGUCAGUCACUUGCGAAUUCAUCGCACGGAGACUGGCGAACCAGUGCCUGGAGCACCAACCUAUACCCACCAAGCUCGCCUCCACUGCCCACACUGCCCUCGCACUUUCACGCAUCGCAUGGGCCUACUCGGCCACAUGCGCAUCCACGACGACCUGCGGUAGACAACCGCCGGCUACACCACACCAUAACAUCCUCCCCCCUGCCUCCAUCACCGCCAACACCACCCCGCCACACAUCAACACUCACCCACCGCAAGCCCCCAACUGCCACUUCCCACGCAAGUGGGAAGUCCGCAUCUGGACUCGGUCCCCAUGCGGCUUCGGCUGCACGGGUGACUUGAGUCUGAGACUAUCCCGACACGUCAAGCGUCGUGGAUAG